AUGGCAUCUUGGGUUUUUUUCAGUCAUUGGUUCUUAAAUUGUAUCAUCUUUUUAUUGUUGAAUGACUUGAGUUGGAGCGGUCCCCUCCGGCCACCUGGGAACCACCAUAGAGCCUCCCAUAAAAGAGAUGGUGAGAGAAUUACCCAUUUUGUCCCUAAGGAUCUAUUGCGCCAGUUUUUGUCCACUCUGAACCUUACAGACCAGAGGGCCCAGAGUAGAGGCCUAGUCCCUGACUCCAAGGAGCCACCAGAAUACAUGAUGGAACUUUAUGAAAGAUUUGCCAAGGACCGCACUGCUGUACCUUCUGCCAACAUAGUGAGGAGUUUCAAGAAUAAAGAUUCAUCCCUGUCCCGUGACACAGCUGAGGGUGUACGGAUUUAUCCCCUGUUGUUUAACAUCUCUAUGCCUUACCAUGAACACAUAAGAUUAGCAGAACUACGUUUCUUCAUCCAGAUCCAACAGGCUCAUGGAGCACAUCAGGACCCAGACUGCUUAGUGACUAUUUAUCAUGUGCAUGAAGGUGUUGGGUGGUCAAGAGGGGUGCAGUGGGACACGAGAAAUAGAGCUAAAGAGGAGGUCCUGGGGGGAAAAGAGUUGGAGGAACUGGUGACAAAACAUGUCAAUGCCAGAGAUAAUGGCUGGGUGUCAUUUGACCUGACUCAUGCAGUAACACACUGGCAGAGGAGCGGUUGUACAGAAGGCAGACUGGAAAUUCAUAUCACAAACUUGGGGCAACAAAAAGCAGAAACUCUAUCAGAAAUCAGUGGUAAAUUUGACCAAAGUUCCAAUAAAAAACACAAUGCUGCUAUGAUAAUUUUUUCAGAUAAUCAGAGACACAAAAAGGAUGCAAAAUUGAAUUUCAGGAUUGGACAUGAGCAUAACCUUGUAGAAAACGUGGAUGAGAGUGGAUCUGUGUCAGUAAAUCACAAUACUGAUCAUUUAAACCAGGGUGAACUGGAGCAGCAGUUUGUGGAGGAGCUGAACUCUAACUUUAUCUAUGACACACCCUCCAGAAUCCGGCGCAAUGUGAAGAGUGACGCUUGCAAAAGGAUGCCCCUGUUUGUGGAUUUCAAAGAUAUUGGCUGGGACACAUGGAUCAUCCAACCGCUGGGCUACGAGGCAUAUGAGUGCAAAGGGGAGUGCUACCCACCUCUGACCUCAGAAGUCACGCCCACCAGACACGCCAUGGUUCAGACUCUGCUGAGCAUCAAGAGUCCAGACAGAGUGUCUCGAGCAUGCUGUGUACCCACCAAAUUAGAACCUAUCUCUCUGCUUUACCAUGAAAAUGGAGUCAUCACUUUUAACCAUAAGUAUGAAGGCAUGGUGGUGGCUGAAUGUGGCUGCAGAUAG